AUGUCGACGUAUGAGGAGAAUUUGCAGAAGCGUAGAGAGAAGCUGCGCGAUCUCAUAUUAAGCGAGGAGAUGAAUCUAACGAGAGAGAUCGAGGAGGAGGCGCGGCGGGGUGAAGACGCGCGACUCGAGGAAAUGCGCGCGAGAACGGAAGAGCUGAGGAAACGACACGAAGAAGAACAUGAAGCGGUGGUGGCUGCCAAAAGGAUGCAGCAGUAUUUACUCGCGUAUCCAGAUAUCAAGCAGAAGCUGUGGAAGGAACGGGCGAUCGACGCAAAACUAUGUAAUGUAGCGCAGAUGGCGGAUAACGAGACGAGGAGAUCAGCCGAGAAGGAACUGGACGAUCUAUGGCACCAGCUGAUGAUGAAAGAGCUCGAAGCGAAGAAAAGCGAAGAGGCGGAGAAAUGCAAAAAGCGAGCUUUAGCGAAUAGAGAAACGGCGCUUGUUUUAACCAAGCAAGCGGAGGAUAAACUAAUGCUGGAAGAAGGAACAAAACGGGCCGAACAGGACGAACGGCGAGAACAUCUGAAGCGGCUGUGGGAGGAGGUGCGUCAGGCAGAAUUGCAGAAUCUCGAAGCGGAAAAGCAGAAAAGGGAAAGAUUGAAGAGAGAACUGGAAGAGCAGAUUCUAACAACGAAGAGGUUCCUCGUUGAACGCGCUCGCAAAGAGGCCAUGAUAGAUUGCGAAUUCAAUUCGUUAGUCGAAGAUGACUUGGCCAGGGAAAAGGCAAGUGCGCAGAGAGACACAGCGGCUCUUCGGAAGGAAUUAUUGGCUUAUUUGAAAUAUGUCGAGGACCUGCGGCAGGAAGAGAUCAAACGGAAUUUAGAGGUGGAAGCCAUCAUCGAGCAAUCGCACAAGGAUAUCCAAGCUCGACGCAACCUCGCGAUGAAGAAAUUCAAGGAAACUCGCUAUCGCAUUUUACAGGAAACCCUUUGCGGUCGAAAGGAACAGCUGAGGGCAAAGCAGGAGAUGGAGGAGCAAGAACGACGGUUCAAGAUGGAGGAGAAGGAGGCCGUCGAGAGGCAGAUCGAGAUGAACGCCAACUUGAUCGCAAUGGAGCGGAAGGAGAGUAGACAAAGGGCGUUGUGUUACGGGCUGGAGCUCAAGGAGCAACAGAGGUAUGUCGAAGAGAAGAGACGCCGCGAAUUGGAGGAGGACCGAAGGUAUCAUCGAGAAGAGGCAGCGAGGCAGGCGGAUGAGUAUCAGAAACUCACCGAUGAGCUGUUGAAAACUUCCGAAAACAUCACGCCGCAUCCGUUUAAAAUUCUUUUGAAGGAGUGCGCCGCACGUCACGCGGCGGAGAGGGAAGGUCGUCAUUACUGUCCUCCGGCUUUAACUUCCGCGUAA